AUGCCACAGGCUAAAAAGAAAACCCUGCAAUCAGAUGAUUCUAAAACCGAAUCGUCUGUUAGCGUUACUCUGAAGUCUAUUCGAAACCCCAAGUUCGUCAUUAGUUUUGAUGAUGUUCCUGCAAAUGAUACCGUGCUCAGUAUCAAAGAAAGAUUGGUGGGUGAUCCAGAUGGACCACUAGCAGAAGGUGGAUACGCAACCUCGAAUGUGCGACUUCUCAUUAAAGGCAAGGUCAUUAGCGACUCCAAAACGGUAGGAGAAGUUAGUACCGCAACAGAAGGAUCUGAUGAGUUAUCUGUUUCCUUUGUAGCAAUGAUUUCACAACCCGACAAAGAAGCUAUUUCGAAUAAGAAAGAGGUGGGAUCAGAAGAAGAACCAGAACCCGUGCUGCCAACAGUCCUGUCAGAGGCAGCUUGGAACGACAUCCACACCACUCUACAGAAACAUCUAUCACAUGAUGAAGCCAGAGUAGCGCUUCAAAAGUUUAAAUCUACUUUUUGA